AUGCACGUCGCCCCAAGCAACCAGGACGAGAAUGCCGCCGGCGUGCUGCGUGCCGCCAAGGAGGGCGCCGCGGGGGGAGGUCGCAGGCCUCUCCAGGACUUCACAAACAACUCUUUGGCGGGCGACCUGAACCGCCUGAACGUCAAGCAGCCGGGCCAGAAGGUCCCCGCGCACCAGUAUGCGACCAGGCACCGCACGAGCAUGCUCCGGGAGAGCGCGAGGCCCGAGAAGCCCAGCAGCCAGAUGUCGUGGUCGGGCAUGCAGGAGCACAUCGCCGAGCAGGCGUCCGUGCGCCGGCCCGCGCGCGCCGAGCCCCAGCUCCCGGACAUUGACUCCGUCGACCGCAACAACCCGCUCGCCGCCGUCGAGUACGUGUCGGAAAUCUACAGGUACUUCAAGCGCACGGAGGCCAAGUACAUGGUCGACCACAACUACAUGCGGCAGCAGGUCGACAUCAACGAGAAGAUGCGCGCCAUCCUGGUGGACUGGCUGAUCGAGGUGCACCUCAAGUUCAAGCUCGUUCCGGAGACGCUCUACCUCGCGGUCAACCUCAUCGACCGCUUCCUGGCGCACAAGCAGGUCACGCGCAAGAACCUGCAGCUCGUCGGCGUCACCGCGAUGCUCAUCGCGUCCAAGUACGAGGAGAUCUGGGCCCCGGAGGUCCGCGACUUCGUCUACAUCUCCGACAAGGCGUACACGCGCGACCAGAUCCUCCAGAUGGAGAAGGUGAUGUUGAACGCGCUGAAGUUCCACCUGACGGUGCCGACGGCGCUGUGCUUCCUGACCCGCUACCUCAAGGCGGCCGGCACGACGGACAAGCAGGCGACGCACCUCGCGCACUACAUGACGGAGCUCGCGCUCCCGGACUGCUCCAUGCUCCAGUUCCCGGGCUCGCUCAUCUCGGCGUGCGCGGUGUAUGCGUCGCGCGUGGCGCUGGGCGCCGCGGAGCCGUGGCCGGCGGCGCUGGCCGCGCACUCGGGCCACAGCCCGCGCAACGACGACUUCGACCUGUGCACCAAGUGCCUCGCGAAGCUCAUGCAGAAGGCGCCCACUGGGUCGCUGAUUGCCGUCUACAAGAAGUACUCGUCGCCCAAGUUCAUGGAGGUGGCGAAGCUGCCGUACCCGCAGAGCAUCCUCGCGGGGCUGGAGUGA